UCAUCCAAUGCAAAAUGAAUGGCUGUGACGAGUUCUUACCUGAUCAAACCCUACACAUUCUUUACAGAAACUUGGAGAGCGCGCGUUGUCAGGAACCCUAAACGGGAAUGUGUUUGUUAUUCUUGGCUAGCACAAUAUUGGCAACAAUUGGCUUUUGGCUUAAGCCAAAUUAUCUUCUAUAAAUGUAAAGCACGGGCUCAGCUGUUACAGUGCUAGCAAAAGAGAAGGGGAAAGGAAAUUUCUUACCUUCAAUCCAAUCAAAAUUUUCUCCAUGGAGUCGAGGAGCAAAGUCAUGGAAACGGCCAAGAAUUAUCUCACCACAGCUGCCUCCGUUGCCGCCUCGGCGAUGCUCGCGCGCACCGUUAUCAACGAAUUCCUCCCCAGCGAGUUGCGAAGCUUGGCCUCCACGGGAAUUCACAAACUCUUCGGUCGAUUCUCUGCGGAGCACACCAUAAUCAUCCCACAAACCGAAGGGCUCAAUCCCAAUGAGCUCUACGAUGCAGCCAGCAUCUACUUGCGCACCAAGAUCUCUCCAACGAUGAAGCGGCUAAGGGCGAGCAAGAGCGAGGACAAGAACAAGGUCGUCAUCACCUUUGAUGUCGGCGAGGAGAUAAUAGACAUCUUUCAAGGCACAGAAUACAAGUGGAUGCUCAUCAGCCAAGAAGAGACCUCUAAUUCCCGCAACGGAGAAAAGAGCAUCCAAAUCCGCUGGUUCGAGCUCAAAUUCUACAGCAAGUACAAGGACGUGAUGCUGGACAACUAUUUUCCUCACAUUCUAGAGCGAUCAAAGGAAAUCAAGGCGGCAGACCGGCUGCUGAAGAUCAUAACGAAUAAAUAUGAUGAAUGGCAUUAUUCCAUAGAGCUGAACCACCCUGCAACAUUCAAGACGUUGGCUAUGGACGCCGAGCUUAAACGGAUAAUCAUGGAGGACUUGGCAAGAUUUGUGAAGAGAAAGGAGUACUAUAAAAGGAUUGGGAAGGCCUGGAAGCGUGGAUAUCUGCUCUUCGGUCCUCCGGGAACUGGCAAAUCAAGCCUGAUUGCCGCCAUAGCCAACAACCUCAGGUUUGACAUCUACGACCUCGAUCUGAAGGAGAUUUGCUCGAAUUCUGAACUGAAGACAUUGCUGGUUGGAAUGCCAAACAAAUCGAUGCUUGUGAUCGAGGACAUCGAUUGCUCCAUUGAUUUGAGAAAUAGAGAUGAAGAGAAAGAAAAAAAAUCUAAAGAUGAUGAGGUAACACUCUCAGGAAUUCUAAAUUGCGUAGAUGGGCUGUGGUCGACGAGCGGGGAGGAGAGGAUCAUCGUGUUCACCACAAACUACAAGGAUCGGCUCGACCCGGCAUUGCUGCGACCAGGUCGAAUGGACAUGCACAUCCAUAUGGGUCACUGUGGUCCAGAUGGCUUCAGAGUGUUGGCUUCCAACUACCAUUGUAUUGAUGAUCACCCCAUAUUCGAGGAGAUUGACGAGUUGUUGAAAGAGGUGGAAGUAACUCCAGCUGAAGUGUCAGAGGAGUUGUUAAGAAGUGAUGAUGUUGAUAUCGCCUUACGUGGUCUUGUCAAGCUUCUACAUAAGAAAAGAAAGGAGAGUCAAGAAGAGAAACACAAAGCAGAAGAUUCUCAGGACAACCAACAGAGAGAUGGAGAAAGCAAUCAAAUAGAUCAAGAGAAGCAGCAUUUGGAAUCUGAAACUGGGGUAAGCAACUAUGAAUCUAUUGAGGAGAUUGUUGGAGAUCAAGACUGGUCACAAGAUGCCUAACAAACGCGUUUUAUCUUGGUUAGUACUCUUCAUGGCUCAGGCUAGCUUGUGAAGCCUGUCAUGAUUUUUCGUUCAUAAAGAUUACCGGUUGGCUAAAAUUGUACAAAAUUCUUAGCUGAUAACACUUGAUUUACAUUCUUGUUCAACCAAAAUUCUGUGUCCCUGUUUUGUUACAAAUUCAAUUGUGAUUUGU